GGGAAAGUUGCUUUUUUUCAAACCGGUUGUUUUUUAAAGGGUUUUCUCGCCGUCAGAUCCAUCUUGUAUUCCCCCUUUUAAAAUCGUAAUGCAUUGUACUGUGUUUGUUUAUUUGUUUGUUUGAUUAUUUGUUUGUUUAUUUACUAACAGAUUACAAAAUACAGUUUAUAACACCUACCUUGUAGCCUAUAAUGAUAUUAUUAUCAAAUUGCCCCAGAAAUAAAGAUACGUCGCACUGAACGUUAAGCUGAUAAAACAGUUUCUAAACCAAGACUUAGUUUUCAGAAAAACAUUACAAACUCCCUCACCCUGGAACCAGGAACUGUGUAGCAGCAUGGGACUUUUCCAAGAGUUCAGCGAGUCCACCAGCAUGCAUGGCCUUCAGCGUGCCGUGUCCAGUGAGAGCAAAUGGAAGCGUGCCUUGUGGGCAGCGCUAGUCCUGGCAGGGGCGUGUCUAGCUACAUUCAACCUUAGCCAGACGCUAAAGGACUUUCUCCACAACCCAACGACCACGGAGACCACCGUAGAUUAUAAAUCCAAGAUGGAGUUUCCAGUGAUCACCAUAUGCAACCUCAACCCUCUUCGGUUGUCUAUAUACAAUAAGACAGAACCCGAAUUCAUUGAGCACCUCCAUAGCGACUCUGUGAGUUAAAUGCAAAAUGAUAUUAAGACAUAAAAGUAAUACAGUUCAUUCUUUUA